UAGAGUUACUACUUGCUGUGCUCGGAGAUACUUAGAGUUCUACGCUGAAGAGCGGCAGCUUAAACGACAAGAUGGUGAAAGAAAUCGAUUCGAUGGCUGAUUACCAAAAAGCAAUUGCUGUAAAAGGCAAGCUUGUUGUUAUUGACUUCACUGCUGUCUGGUGUGGACCAUGCAAAAUGAUUGCACCUCUAUUUGAAAAAUUAAGCGUAGAGAUCAGUAAAGUUGACUUUUAUAAAGUAGAUGUGGAUGACGUGUCGGAUGUUGCGGAAUUCUGCAAAGUCCGUGCUAUGCCUACAUUCAUAUUUUACAAAGAUGGGAAAAAGAUUGAUGAAGUAUGUGGUGCUGACAUAGACGAACUGAAGAAGAAGAUCUCUGCGCAUGUAUAAAGAAUACUAACCCUUUCUAAUUGACAACUAAUGGUCAAAGGCUGCCAGAAAACCAUGUUUGUUUGUUUUUUAAUAUAAACACUCAGGAAUACUGACAUUUUAAUUUAAAUACCAAUAGUCUCAUGUUUACUUUUGGAAUAUAACUCCAAAAUGCUAGAAGUGAAAUGGGUCCACAACACGUCUACUUUAUGAAUUAUAUUAGGUCUGUACCUCUGAGCUACAGUAGCAUUUAACGUGUAUUUCU